GAUAAAUCGAUAUAUAUCCAUAUAAGUUUUUCUUUCUCCCUGCCUUUUAAUAGAAUCUUGAUUCUUGCUUAGAAAGAAAAGGCAUCAUUUAUGUCCUUAAUCCUUUUUCACUAACCUUAAUCUUGACCAAAGAACUACCAUGGCGAAGCAAAAUGCAAACUGGUCUCCCUACGAUUUCAAUGGAGGAACUUGUGUUGCAGUAGCUGGUGCAGACUACUGUGUGAUCGCUGCUGAUACGCGGAUGUCAACUGGAUAUAACAUCCUUACUCGGGAUUACUCCAAGAUUUGCAAGCUUGCUGAUAAAAGUCUGUUAGCUUCAUCAGGAUUUCAGGCUGAUGUGCGGGCCUUACAAAAACAUUUAGAAGCAAGGCACCUGAUCUAUCAACAUCAGCACAACAAGCAGAUGAGCUGCCCUGCAAUGGCUCAGCUUCUUUCAAACACUCUCUACUAUAAACGUUUCUUCCCAUACUAUGCUUUCAACGUAUUGGGUGGCCUUGAUAAUGAAGGCAAGGGGUGUGUUUUUACAUAUGAUGCGGUGGGUUCAUACGAGAAGGUCGGAUACAGUGCUCAGGGUUCUGGUCAGAAGCUUAUCAUACCUUUCCUGGAUAACCAGCUAAAGUCUCCCAGCCCUCUUCUAUUACCUGUGCAGGAUGCUGUGACACCUCUAUCAGAAACAGAAGCAAUAGAUCUGGUCAAAACUGCCUUUGCAUCUGCAGCUGAAAGGGACAUUAUGACAGGCGAUAAGCUGGAAAUUGUAGUCAUCAACAAAGCAGGUCUUCACCGAAAUUAUAUGGAGCUUCGAAAAGAUUGAUAAAAAUUCCUGAUGUGCGUACUCAUUUAUUAGAUUUGCAUUAUGUUUAUUGUUAAAUGAAAUUAUAAUUGGAUGGGGUAUUAGGAUGUUAUUCCUUUUAAGAGUAGAGUUUUGUGUGCCAGUGCAACACAAAAACAUGUGACGUGUGUGAAUUGGUACUCUUUUUAAGUUAAUUUAGAAAUUUCAUUAGGUCAAUUAUAUCUUAAUUUUAGGCUUUUUGGUCUAAUUGAUUGUGUUAAGUUGUGAUUAAUUCGCAUCUUUUUUAUUUGUUCUGAGCUGCUGUUUGUUUGA